UGGCAACCGUUCUGACACUGAACAGAAGAGGAAGAUCCUCUAGCCUUUGAGAAGCUAGUACCAAAAGGAAAAUCACUGCACCUUGGUCAAGAAACCCCAUCAGAUAGAUUGUGGAUGCAAGUCCACCUGCAUAUGUGAGACUGCUGCCCCGUUCUUCCACACACUUCUAACCACUGCACAUGACUCCACUCCUGUUACGGGUGGAAGAACAAGAGGAAUGCAGACUCCUACCAACCAGGGAUAGAAUCCAAACCAUGAACAAACCCCAGGUGUCCUGUGAAUCAUUCUCUUUCAGGCUUGUGCCCUCCCAAUGGAUCCAGACAAUGCUACCAGCUAUGUGACUGAGUUCAUCCUGCUGGGCUUCUCAUCCCUGGACCACACCAGUCGCAUCCUCCUCUGUACUAUCCUGUCUUCUGUCUACACCCUGACACUAGCAGGCAACUUAUGCAUCAUGUGGGCUGUUGUCAGGAGCUCCCGCCUCCAACGCUUGCCCAUGUAUGUCCUGCUAGGGAACUUCUCCUGCCUGGAGAUCUGCUAUGUCACAUCCACAGUGCCACGGAUGAUCUCAGACCUGCCAACCCCGCAGGGCGAUGCAAUCUCCUUUCAUGCCUGCUUCUUCCAGUUCUACUUCUUCUUCUCUAUGGGGGCUGCUGAAUGCUUCUCCCUCUCAGCCAUGGCUUUGGAUAGGUACCUGGCCAUCUGCCACCCCCUGCGCUAUCCCAGCCUCAUGUCCCAGAGGGCCUGCUUGCUCCUGGUGGCUUUCUGCUGGGUCGGUGGCUUCUUCUGGUUUGCCACCCCCAUUAUCUUCAUCUCCCAGCUCCCCUUCUGUGGCCCUAAUAUCCUGGAUCACUAUGUCUGUGACCCUGCUCCAUUGCUGGCUGUCUCCUGUGUCCCUGCUCCCCAGAUUGAACGUGCCUUCUUUGCUGUGACUUCCACUAUCAUCUUCUCAACUGUCCUUUUUAUCUUGACCUCGUACGUGAUGGUCCUCAGGGCAAUAAUGAAACUGCCACGGGGGUCUGGAAGACGCAAGGCCUUCUCCACUUGCACCUCCCACCUAACAGUGGUGGGUCUUUUCUACGGCUCCAUCAUGGUCACCUAUGUCAACCCAGCAGCUUCUGGGGACAGCGGGAAGGAGGUGUCCCUUCUAUAUGUGUUGGUUACUCCACUGUUCAACCCAUUGAUCUACAGCCUGAGAAAUAAGGAGAUGAAAGAGGCUCUGAGGCGCACAUUGCUAGGGGACCGGUAACAGGUGUGAAUCUGGUUUCAGGGCAGGGGGACUGGCUGGCUCAGGAG